UCAUGAAAUUAUGUUUUAACUUUAGACUUUUUGUAUAAACUAUAAUAUAAUAAAGAUAAAUAUACACUUAAAUACAAGGUAAGAAAUAAAUAAUGACACUCUGAAUUUAGCUGUAGAAAAUAGUGUACAAAUCUUGUGUAAAAAAUAGUGUACAAAACACACACACGCUAUUAAACAAAAUUAUUAAUUCCAAAUGGCGACAUUAUUAACAUUAUUAACACGUUAGUGUAUAAGUUUACUUAAAUACAAGGUAAGAAAUAAAUAAAUGUUUGCCUUUUGGAUUUGUGAUAGCACUUAUCAUUUUUUCCUGUAAAUGCAACAUAUUUAAAUCAUGUAUUGUUUUUUUUUAAAUAAAUUAUAUAGAAAGUCUGUGUGUAAUUCAAUCAUAACUUUAUAAAAAUAAGUCAUAUAAUUAUAGAUUAAAAUUCAUUUAAAAAUAAACUCUUUAAUUGUAUUUAUAGAUACUGCUGACUGUUUGAAAAUUGUACACAGUAAAAAAUAUUUUGUAUUUGUGUUAAAAUUUUUCCUUGUAAAAAGUUUUGUGUUAAAUUUUUAACACAGUUGUGUGUUAAUUUACCAUAUUACUGUUGUGUUAUUUGGACUUUUGUAUGUUAAAUUAAUAUUAACUAUUUUUAAAAGUUAAAAUAACACAAUUUAUACGUAAAUACAUGAAAUCUUGGUGACGUAUUUUAUAUGUUAAAGUGAACAAAUAAAAUAUGUUACUUUCCUCUUUGUAACAGUUACCAUGUGUUAAAUGAACAUAUUUCUCAUGUUAUUAUAAAGAGAUCGUUGUCUUAUACCGUUUGAUUCCCCCCAAACCCCACGCAACGCGACGUUCUUGUGUUUAUAGCCGCUGCAACAGACCAACAAGUCCCUGCGUGUAGCGAACACGGAUGGCGUAGCGUAUGUACCUCACUUUUCUCACUUUAGUGAUUAUGUGUAAGUGUGAAGUUAUCGCUUGAGACUACCGUGUUUUUUUCUGCAUAAGAAGCAUUUUUCUAAUUCCCACUCAGUGAUCUCAGUGUGUCGAUUACGACCGUCAUAAUUAGCUCGCCGGCUAUUGAAUUCCAUUGAAAACGAAAUUAAUUGUAUAAGCAUCAACUACGUCGAUAAAGAAUUAUAGUCGCAGAAUAGCGCCAAACGAAUUUGAAAAACAAGGGGAUUGUUUUAUUUUUCUACGCAAGAGUAAAAUCGUGUGCGAAUACGAAACUCUGGACAAAAUUCUUAUUCCUCUAUAUUUAUCGUUAAACAUGCAGGAAAUUAAUAUAAAUUAUUUAUUCUGCGUUUUGCAAUAUAAAGAUGAUAAAGUAUGGGUAAAAAUUGAAGAGCCAUGUAAUUUUCACCAUUUUAUUGUAAAAGCCGAAGAAACUUUUCCCUCAUUAAGAAAUACAGAUUUCAUAUUCACUGACAUAAACAAUGCUAAACUGGAAUCAGAUAUUUUAUUGGAUUAUGUUCGAAUAAAUCCACGAGGAGUUAUAAUUAAAAUAAAAACUGUUACAAAUAUCAUUGAUAUCUCAUUUUCGCAAACUUCUGAAGAAAUAAAUAUACCAUCUACAAGUUCAGAUAGAGAUGCAGGUAGUUCUAUUGUAGUAUCAGAUAUUUCUGAUAUUAGAUCGGAUAGUGAUCCUGAAGAAUAUGCAUCAUCCUCAAAAAAAUGCAAAUUAAAUACUACCGCUUUGGAAAAUGAAAUUAUAUCAAAAAAUAAAUUACGUAAAAUAAUAAAAGAUUCGGCGUGCGGACAAGAAAUACUUAACGAUUAUGAAAAAAAUAAAUAUUUAUCGGAAAGGAGUAGAAGGCUUGUAGUAAAAAUUGUUGUGCAACAUUUAAUAAAAUAUAAAGAGAAAGUAAACAGACAAAUUUUAUCUCAUGAAAAAUGUAGUUAUGCACAAGCUAUUAUUGACCUCUUUCCAAAUUUAAAAAACACUGAAGGUGAUCUUGGCUAUGAACAUUUUUAUAAUCCUGAAACUGGUACUGGAUAUAUUGCUUCACGUUUAUCGAACGUACAACGAAAGAAAAGCGUUUCAAAAAUUGUUUUUAAUAAAAAACAAAAAGAAAAUAUCGAAAAUAUCAAUAUAAGAACUGAGUAUGCUGAUGAAACAGAUACUAUUAAAGACUCUAUAGAUUUUAUGAAACAUGCAACAUUGGAACAGAAAGAUAAAAUUAUAGAAAAAACUAAAGAAACUUUUAAAGUUAGACGAUAUUUAUAUAUGAAUGAAAAUUUUUUUAAUGUAUUUCCGAGAUUUUUGGACAUCCCGGAUUUGAUUGAUGUAGAAUUUAAUCUACUUUUUCCUGAAGUUGAACAAGACAAAUUUUGCCAAAUAUAUGUAGAAUAUGUUAAUGCUAUUUUAUCAGUUUACGAGACUGAAAAGAAUAACAUUUCUCUUGAAUGGAGUCGUGUUACUAACUCCUUUAUUGCCUUGACACUAUUGUUACCACCAACAGCAAGAGGAAAAAAAUUAGCUGCAAGAGAUAAAGCAAACAAUAUUGUCAAAAAAUUGAUUGUUUUUGUGCAGAACGGAACACCGUUGCAUUCAAAUGAAAACGUUAAUCAACCAAGACUUGUCGUUGUCGGUCCUAACAAAAUAGCAUUUGAACAAUGUUUUCUUGAAAUAGACAAGAAAUUUAUUUUACUACCAACGAAUGAUAUAAUUAAGUCAAUUGAUUAUUUGUUCAAAGCUCACUAUGUUUUUCAUGUCGAAUUUGAGAAUGAUCUUAAAAAUUUUUGGAUUUUUCUUCAACAUUAUUAUUACAAAAUUCCAAUGUUACUUAUGCAAAUAUAAAACAUUAAAGAUUAAAGACAUAUCUCGUCACUUACGUGAUGUACAUAUAUUGUUUGAGAGCUCUAAUCUUAUUUUAAAAUGUUGCGCAAAUACAGAUUGUCCUGCUGUUUUUAGAACAUAUUGUGGCUUUACAAAACAUUUAAAAAAAUGCAUUCUUCUAAAAGAAUCUGUACCUUCCACAAGUAACGAUUAUGCACAACCAAAUAUUAAAAGUUAUGAGGAUUUUGAAGAUCUUGAUAUUACAAUUGAUAGUUGUAAUUCAGCUAAUAAUGUAGAUUUAUUAAAUAAAUCAUAUAUUGAAAAAAAUCAACUAACAGAAACAAGUAUAAAGAAAAAUCAACUACAGAAAACUAUUUCGAAUUACGUAGCACAUUUAUAUUCUUUACGUUUGCCUGAUCUCGUUAUAACAAAUAUUUUAGAAACAACAUUAAACUUAAUAUUUCCACUUAUUGAUGAUAUAUCAUUGAUUUCAAAUUUGGAUGAGCGUCAAAGUCUUACUAAUGACUUUAAAGUUACAUUUGAAAAUCAUUUGACCGUGUAUAAACGAAAUAAAAAUUUGUCACCAAAUUUUAUUCAGCCUAUUAAAAAAGCUCAUGGUGUUGGAAUAAAAAAAAAAUAUGAUAGUAAAAUACAAUGCUAUAAACAAGUUCCAGUAACACGUACGUUUACGUAUGUACCUAUAUUAAAAACUCUUCAGUUUAUAUUAAACAAUAAAGCUGUUCAACAAUACUUUACUAAUGAUAUUACGGUAAAUAGUAAUGCUUACACUCAUUUCGUUGAUGGUAAAGUUUAUAAAACUAAUAAUUUUUUUCAAUUAAAUAAAAAUGCAAUUCAAAUUCAACUUUAUUUCGAUGAAUUUGAAGUAUGUAAUCCUUUAGGAAGCAAAACUGGAACUCAUAAAAUUGGAGCAUUUUAUUUUACAAUUAAUAACUUUCCUAUUUAUAUUAAUUCAAAAUUAAAAAAUAUUUUUUUGGCAGCGUUAUGUUAUAAUGCUAAUAUUAAACAAUUUGGAAUAAAUCCUGUAUUAGAAGUAAUUGUCAAUGAUAUUAAAAUUCUCGAAAAUCACGGAAUAUUUAUUGAGUCUUUAAACACAUACUUAAAAGGUACACUAAUAUCUACAUCUUGCGAUAAUUUAGCAGCAGUUAUGUUGUUGGGCAUGAAUGAAUCAUUUAAUUCUCAUUAUUAUUGUAAAAUCUGUACAAUGAAUAAAAAAGAAGCCCAAAAAGCAUGUAUUGCAAACUCAAGUUUAUUACGAAGUACGGAAAGUUUUGUUUAUUUAGCAGAGCAACAAAAGUAUGCAAACAACGAUACAAUAAAUUUUUUUGGAAUAAAACAUAAAAGUGCACUGUUAAAUUUAGCUUAUUUUAAAAUUUCAAAAAAUCUCAAUAUUGAUGUAAUGCAUGAUUUCUUAGAAGGAAUUUGCCAAAGAGAUUUAAAAUUAUUUAUAAAUUUUUGUAAAGAAUCUGGACUUAUUACUUUAAAUGAUUUAAAUGAUAAAAUACAAGCGUUUGAUUAUGGCUUAUGUAAUAAACAAAAUCAUCCAAGCAUUAUACUUCUCAAUAAACAUUCAAAUUUAAUAGGACAACGUGCAGCACAAACUCUUUGUUUAAUAAUUUUUUUGCCUUUAAUUUUACAAGAUGUAGUUCCAAAACUUUAUGAGAAUUUUAAUAAAUGGAAAGUAAUUUUACUACUCUUAAAAAUGUUAAAAAUUGUUUUAUCACCAAGGAUUACACCUAGUAUGUUAAAUGAUUUACAAACAACCAUAAAAGAACAUCAUGAACUUAUAAUUAAAGAAUAUUCUGUUUUUUUAACACCAAAAGAUCAUUUUAUCACUCAUUAUCCUAUGAUAAUAGAAGAAAUGGGUCCUCCUAGAGCUUACUGGACCAUGCGAUUUGAGAGCAAGAAUGGCUAUUUUAAAGAUUUAGCUCAUAAAUUAAAAAAUUUUAUAGAUGUUGCAUUCACUCUAUCAGUACGUCAUCAAAAAUAUAUUAUCUUUGAGUGGGAAAACAGAUUUAGUUUUUUAGAUGAACCAAUCCUCAAAAAUUUUAAAAAAGAAAGUUUAAAAUCUACUGAUUAUGCAACAAUAAUUGCAAAAAAUUUAAAUAUUACAUGUAAUACUUUUAUUUACGUUGGAAAAAGUGUACAAUUUAGGGGUACAAAUUUAAUAUUAAAUAAGUUUAUAUGUACAUCUUUUUCUGAAAAGUUUCCCAAUUUUGGUAAAACAAAGUUAUUUUUUGCUCUAAAUUCUGUAGUGUAUGUUUUAUUUGAAAGUUGGAGUACUAUUGAUAUAUCUCCAAUAAAUUUAGGAUAUAUUGUAAAAAAUAAUUCUUUAUUAUUUACAAUAAAAAUGGUAAAUUUACCAUUUACUAAAGCUUGGGAAGCGUACACUUCAGAAAAUCAUACGACAGUUAUUACUGAAUAUUUUUUAUAAUAUAAUAUAUAUAAUGUAACAGUACACUGACAGAAAAGAAUGCUUAAUUUAAAUAAAUAUGUAUUUGAAUCAAGCAUCCUUUUCUGUUAGUGCAAUGUAUAAUACUCUUGUAUCUUAUAUAAUACUUUUAUAUUGAAUAAAUAUUGAAUAAAACUAAUUUGUGCAAAAAA